UUAUACAUAAAAGGAAUUGUUGAACACAAUGCAUAGAGCUAUUUAUUUAUUAAUGUCGAAAAUAUAAAUUUUGUGUAUACAAACAAAAAAAUAUUUAUGCUAAAAAGGUUUCUAAAAAAAUAAUUAUUUUAUUCAAAAAAUAAAACAACAAAAAAAAAAAAUGAAAAAAUUAAAAUUAAUUUUAUUAAAUUCAUUACUAUUGGUAACAAUAAUAUUGGCUGAUCGUGGCCAACGUAUACCAAAUGGUAAUGUUGCAACAUCAUUUAAAUCAAGGCAAUCACAUGGUGAAAGAUCAAGUGGUCAUAAAGAAUUAAAUAUUGGUCUUAUUUUACCACAUACAAAUUUUGGUAAAAGAGAUUAUUUACGUGCCAUCAAUUCAGCUGUAAAUAGUUUACAAAAAGUCAAAGGAACAAAAUUGAAUUUUUUAAAUGAAUAUACAUUUCAAGCAUCUCAAAUUCAUUUUGAUAUGAUGUCAUUAACACCAAGUCCAACUGCUAUUUUAAAUACGCUAUGUACAGACUUUCUGCGAGCUAAUAUAUCUGCCAUUUUGUAUAUGAUGAAUAACGAGCAAUAUGGCCAUAGUACAGCAUCUGCUCAAUAUUUUCUUCAACUUGCUGGAUAUUUAGGUAUUCCUGUGAUAUCUUGGAAUGCUGAUAAUUCUGGUUUAGAACGUCGAGCAUCACAAUCUACACUUCAGCUUCAGUUAGCUCCAAGUAUUGAACAUCAAAGUGCUGCAAUGUUGAGCAUUUUAGAACGAUAUAAAUGGCAUCAGUUUUCGGUGGUCACAUCACAAAUAGCUGGGCAUGAUGAUUUUGUUCAAGCUGUUCGUGAGCGUGUCGCUGAGAUGGAUCAUUUUAAAUUUACAAUACUCAACUCAAUAGUCGUAACAAAACCAACUGAUUUAGUUGAAUUGGUAAAUAGUGAAGCAAGAGUUAUGCUUUUAUAUGCAACACAUCGCGAAGCAAUCGAUAUACUUAGAGCAGCUGAAGAUUUGAAGUUAACCGGAGAAAAUUAUGUAUGGGUUGUAACACAAUCAGUUAUUGAGAAACGUGAUGCACAUUCACAAUUUCAUGUUGGAAUGUUAGGAGUCCAUUUCGAUACAAGUAGCCCAGCAAUGAUGAGUGAACUAUCAAAUGCAAUAAAAAUUUAUGCAUAUGGUGUGGAAACAUUUUUAAAUGAUAAAUUAAAUAAAGAUAAAAAUUUAGAUACAUCACAAUUAUCAUGUGAAGAUCAAGGAAAAGGACAUUGGGAUAACGGAGAAGUAUUCUUUAAAUAUUUACGAAAUGUUUCAUUUGAAGUUGAUGGUAACAAACCUAAUAUUGAAUUUAACACUGAUGGCGAUUUGAAAAAUUCGGAACUUAAAAUUAUGAAUUUAAGACCUAGUGCAACAAGUAAAAGUUUAGUGUGGGAAGAAAUUGGCGUAUGGAAAUCAUGGGAAACACAAAAACUAGAUAUUCGUGAUAUUGCUUGGCCAGGCAAUUCACAUGCUCCCCCUCAAGGAGUACCAGAAAAAUUCCACUUAAAAAUAACAUUUCUUGAAGAAGCACCUUAUAUAAAUUUAUCACCAGCAGAUCCGGUUAGUGGAAAAUGUUUAAUGGAUCGUGGUGUUUUAUGCAGAGUUGCAUCAGAACGUGAAAUGGAAUUAAUUGAUCCAGCACAAGCCCAUCGCAAUGAAUCGUUUUUCCAAUGCUGCAGUGGUUUUUGUAUUGAUUUACUUGAAAAAUUUGCUGAAGAAUUAGGCUUUACAUACGAAUUGGUUCGAGUUGAAGAUGGAAAAUGGGGUACUUUAGAGAAUGGUAAAUGGAAUGGUUUAAUUGCUGAAUUAGUUAAUCGUAAAACUGAUAUGGUUCUAACAUCAUUAAUGAUAAAUGCGGAACGUGAAGCUGUAGUUGAUUUUAGUGAACCGUUUAUGGAAACUGGUAUUGCAAUUGUUGUUGCUAAACGUACAGGAAUUAUUUCACCUACAGCAUUCUUAGAACCAUUUGAUACAGCAUCUUGGAUGUUGGUUGGCAUAGUUGCAAUUCAAGCGGCUACAUUUAUAAUAUUUCUUUUUGAAUGGUUAUCUCCAAGUGGAUUUGAUAUGCAAUUAUCACUGCAGACCGGAUCGGCGAUUCCAUAUAGAUUUUCACUAUUUCGAACUUAUUGGCUGGUUUGGGCAGUUCUUUUUCAGGCGGCUGUUCAUGUUGAUUCACCACGCGGCUUUACAGCGAGAUUUAUGACUAAUGUUUGGGCUCUAUUUGCUGUAGUAUUUUUAGCCAUAUACACUGCUAAUUUAGCAGCUUUCAUGAUAACUCGGGAAGAAUUUCAUGAAUUCACUGGGUUGGAUGAUACUCGUCUUACACGUCCGUUCUCUCAUAAACCAAGUUUUAAAUUUGGAACAAUUCCAUGGAGUCACACAGAUUCAACAAUUGCUAAAUAUUUUAAAGAAAUGCAUUAUUAUAUGAAAGAUUUCAACAAAAGUAGUGUUGCUGAAGGUGUUGCAGAUGUUUUAAGUGGAAAAAUGGAUGCUUUCAUUUAUGAUGGAACUGUUCUUGAUUAUUUGGUUGCCCAAGAUGAAGAUUGUCGAUUAUUAACUGUUGGCAGUUGGUAUGCUAUGACCGGAUACGGUUUAGCAUUCAGUCGUAAUUCAAAAUAUGUUGAAAUGUUUAAUAAACGUUUAUUAGAAUUUCGUGCAAAUGGUGAUUUGGAACGUUUAAGACGUUAUUGGAUGACUGGAACAUGUCGUCAAGGUAGACAAGAACAUAAAACAUCAGAUCCUUUAGCUUUGGAACAAUUCUUAUCAGCUUUUCUUCUUUUAAUGGCUGGCAUAUUACUUGCAGCUUUACUUCUAUUAUUAGAACACAUAUAUUUUAAAUAUUUUAGAGCACGUUUAGCUAAAUCAGAUCGUGGUGGUUGUUGUGCUCUUAUAUCACUUUCAAUGGGAAAAUCAUUAACAUUUCGUGGUGCUGUUUAUGAGGCACAAGAGGUAUUAAGAAAUCAUCGAUGCCAAGAUCCAAUUUGUGAUACACAUUUAUGGAAAGUUCGUCAUGAAUUAGAUAUGGCAAGAUUACGAAUAAGACAACUUGAAAGUUCAUUGGAAAAACAUGGUAUAAAACCGCCACAAAUUAAACUAGCAUCGGCUUCUGAUUUACUAAGUAAUAAUAUGAAAGAUAGACCACCAUUACUUGGAAAUUUAAGUUUAGGCGGUAGUGCACAGGAUUUAUAUAGAUGGUCCUAUAAAACAGAGAUAGCUGAAAUGGAAACAGUCCUUUAAAUUUCAUUAUAAAUGAAAUAAUGAAAAGAUAAUAAAUUUUUCAUAAUGAAUUUAUAAAAUGAAAAUUAAUUGCAUUCAUGAUAAAGUUUAAAAUUCAGAUUAUAACAAGAAAUAAUAAUGACAAUUUUUUAGACUAAUAGCAUGGUAUAUGUGGCAUUAAAGAAGGAGAUUUUCAUAAGAUUUAAUAAGUUUACUUAUAAUCGUAAUACAACAUAAUUUAAAUUUAAAAAAGUUAAUUUUUUAUUUAAAUUUUAUUCAAAUUAUGAGACCUUCUUAUGAAUUAAUGACCAUGAAAUCUAAAGAAAAAUUUUAUUUUGAAACUUUGAAUAUCUGUUUGAGUAUCACAAAUUCGUAGAACUGGAUGUAAAUUAAUCGUUCAUGUCACCCCAUGGUCAAAAAUUUGCAAUUCUAAUAUUUAUUCUUAUUUAUACAAAACCAACCCUCUUUUUGAAAAGAAGUUGUAUGAAACCUACAGAAACAUUUUU